GUCCUGUGCUAGCUUACUGUUCUUGUAACUUCAACGUCAUGCGGAUUAAAUAAACUCAAGAUCGGAACAUUUUCAGGGAUGGCAAGGGGAAUGUACGUUUGCGUCGUGAAUUACAUUUACAGUUGUUGGUAGCCUAGUAGCAGAUUCCUAGCUUCGUCGUGUUUUUUUGUUCUAUGGAAACAUAUUUCAACGAAAACACAAUGCUUUGCCAUAACCAGCAGAUGAACAAUAACGCAAAUGACAGUCAAGAGCACGCGGCUAAACAAGUACAGUUCAGCAGUAGCGUCUUCCAAUCGGAAGCGUUCACCGACGGAGAUAACGGACAACAUAACGACACCUUGACAUUAAGUAGCGAAGCGCAGUGUCUGAUCGGACCACAGUUGAAGCUCCUUCCACUGAAUGACCAAAUACGAGAACUACAGACCAUCAUACGAGAUAAGUCGACCAGUAGAGGUGAUUUCGUGUUUUGUGCAGAUAGACUGAUCAGGUUAGUGGUUGAAGAAGGACUCAAUCAGCUUCCAUACAGUGAGUGCACCGUCACCACUCCAACAGGGCACAAAUAUGAUGGCGUCAAGUUUGAGAAGGGUAACUGUGGAGUCAGCAUCAUGAGGAGUGGGGAGGCCAUGGAACAGGGUCUGAGGGAUUGCUGCCGGUCCAUCCGCAUUGGGAAGAUCCUCAUCCAGAGCGACGAGGAGACCCAGAAAGCCAAAGUUUACUACUCCAAAUUCCCCCCUGACAUCAGUCGCCGCAAGGUUUUGCUCAUGUACCCUAUCCUCAGCACAGGAAACACUGUAAUCGAAGCGGUCCGAGUUCUGCGAGAGCACAGACUGCAAGCCAAACACAUCAUUCUCCUCAGCCUUUUUUCUACACCACAUGGUGCAAAAUCAAUCAUUCAGGAGUUUCCUGACAUCACCAUACUGACAACGGAAGUUCACACAGUGGCUCCAACACACUUUGGCCAGAGAUACUUUGGUACCGACUGACCACGUUCCACAUCAAUAUGUUACACACUGACUGCUAUCAGUGUCUGUGCUGCUGUGACAGGUCAGCCAGAAAAGUGUCUAUGCGUAUUCCUUUGUUGUUCCUCUUUUGAGAUUUGCUGCCUUAAUUAGAUCUAGUUCCUGCACAAGUCAAUACAACACAGAACUACAUAUACAUUAACAGAUGUGUGUUGGAAAUCCAUGGCAAAAGAAAGAAAAGUGCGAAGAACCACAUUCCAGUCUGGUGGCCUGGCAUACUUGUUGCAUGUGCUACUGCACUACAUUCAUCUGUCCACUUGCUCAUUUGGUGGUGACUGGGAGAGAAUAAAUAAUAACAAAUGAA